UUCUUCUUCUCUGGUUCAAGACCCUCAGAAUUGCUAGAUAGUUCUGAGACAGCUCCUCUCUUUUUUAUAAACUCCUCAGUGCCUGAGCAAGUGAAGCAAGCAUGUGGAUUGAUUUAAGGAGGUGUAUAGACCCUGUUUACACUCAGUUCUGCUUGAUUGAGUCAAGAAGUGUUCUCACCUAAUAAAGGUCACACAGAACUGAGAUUCAAAAUCCCGACCUCUGACUCCAAUUCCAGUGAUCUUUCUACCACGCCUUAAGCUGUGACGAGAUGGGGGCAGACAAGGUGACCUCGAAGUUUCAGAUGAUAGGGGCACUGUCUGUGAUUUGGCUCUUGGCUGUGUUCUUCACGUACUUCCUAAGGCCUGUCAUUCUCCCUCCGGACCUGCAUUUGGGGGCAGAAAAGGAAGAGGUCCUGAUCUACGGACCAUGGGGCCAUGAGAGGGGCUUCCCUGAGGAGGGCUGGCCAAAUGGAGGAGACUUAGAGGAGGAAGAGGUGAAAGAGGAAGCCUGGAGCUACAAUGACUCAUGCAAGUUUGUCCUUGUGGAGAGCAUUCCUCAGGACCUGCCCAACAUAUCCACCCACUCAGCAGCCCAGCCCCUGAUCCAGUCUUGGAUGGGGCUCCUGGAUUCUGCUCAGGAGAGCAUCCAUAUUGCUUCUUAUUACUGGUCUCUCACGGGGCCUGACAUCGGUGUCAACGAUUCUUCUGCCCGACCGGGGGAAGAACUGUUGGAGAAGCUGGAGACUCUGCUGGCCCGGAACGUCUCUCUGACCAUUGCAACAAGUGACCCCACACUAGCUGUGAAUUCUACUGACCUGGAGGUCCUUGUGAGCAAAGGAGCACAAGUGAGGAAGGUCCCAAUGAAGCACUUGACUCACGGUGUCCUGCACUCCAAGUUCUGGAUUGUGGACAUGAAGCAUGUGUACCUGGGAAGUGCCAACAUGGACUGGCGGUCUCUGACUCAGGUGAAGGAACUUGGAGUUAUCAUCCAUAACUGCAGCUCCCUCGCAUAUGACCUCGAGAAGACAUUCCAGACAUAUUGGGCUCUGGGGGUCCCCGGAGCCACCAUUCCCAAACACUGGCCACAGAACUACUCCACAAACAUCAAUUGGCGUCAUCCCCUGCAGGCAACAUUUGAUGGGAUGGUCACCACUGCCUAUUUCUCUGCCUCUCCACCUGCACUCUGCCCCAGAGGCCGGACCAAGGACCUAGAAGCUCUGCUAAGUGUGAUUCGGGGCGCCAAGGAUUUCCUCUACGCUUCAGUAAUGGAGUAUUUCCCCGCCCGCCGCUUCCAACACCCAAUCCAGUAUUGGCCAGUCAUUGACAAUGCUCUGAGGGAGGCAGCCUUCAAUCGGCAAGUGCUGAUCCACCUUCUCAUCAGCUGUGGGAAGAACUCGGACCCUUCCAUGUUCCCAUACCUGAGGUCACUCCAGGCCCUCACCAACCCUCAAGCCAACAUUACCAUAGAGGUGAAAAUAUUCAUCAUCCCUGUGGGGAAUCACUCCAACAUCCCCUACAGCAGAGUGAGUCACAGCAAGUACGCAGUCACAGAGAAGAAGGCCUACCUGGGAACAUCCAACUGGUCUGAGGAUUAUUUCACCAACACCGGUGGUGUGGGGCUGGUCAUUAACCAAAGCUCCUCUGAUCCCCAGCACCCAGCACCCACCAUUCAGGAAAACCUGAAAAGUAUCUUUGAGUGGGAUUGGCAGUCCCCAUAUGCCAUCAGUCUGGAAGAACUUCCUGGCCACCAGGACUGUGUCUGGCAUGCCUGAGGCUGGGGUCUCCGGUGUAUCUCCUCUGCUCCCUUCUCUCUUUUCCUCUCUGCCUUCUCUUCUCUGCCUGCUCUAGUGCUCAAGUUUCUAAUCAACAAAAUGAGGGCAUUGAAUUAUUUUUAAGGUCUUUUCUAGCUCUGAAUUUUAUGAUCACUCCCCCCUCUUUCCUGUCCCCCUUUCUCUUCUCCCUCUGUAUGUACGUGUCUUCCUCAUUUCCUUUUUGUCAUUCCUUUUCCCUUUAUGUGUCCUUUUUUUCCCCUUUUUCUCCCUCUUCUUCUUUCUUUUACCUUUACUCUUCCCUCUUCUUUGGAUGGGACAGGGCAGGCCAAGAGCCUCCCUCAUCACAGGAGUGUGUUCCUAAGGCUCUUGUGGUCUGAAAAUAAUUCUUCCUAUAUGAGCCCAACUGCUCAGAAAAUCUGUGUUCUUUCCUCAUCACAGGGGUGUGUCGGUAAAUAUUUAACUACUACCUGGUGGUGGGGGGGGAGGUAUCCAGGACACACAUUUAAAUUUAAUCUGUGUAAUCAAUCUGCAUUACUGAUUCAGUUUAAUCUGUAUCCCCCCACCAUCACUUCCUUAAAUCAAGACAAUCAACAAAACAAUAAGUCAAGCCCAAAUUCGAAACCCUUGUGGAUUUCUAAGGUGUUUGUAAUUAGGCAACAGUUUGACAUCAUUUAGUCCUUUUGGUCCCUUGAACCAACCAAGUCUGGAAAAUGGUCUCAAGAGCUUUUAAGGAAAAACUAGGCUGACACUCGUGGGAACAGGGGUUAGGAUGUUGCUGCUACUAUAUGGGGAUGACACACUGAACACGGAACGAAUGGCUCUCAAGAUCUGGUCCUCGCUGGCUCAAGCACGCCCCUGCAUGGAGACAUUGAGCAGCUCAGACCUGUUACCUCAUCAUUUCUUGCCUCUGACACAUAAAAAAAACCUUUCUCUUCCUCUAUUUCUCUGAAUCUUUCCCAUCCUUCAAGAUCCAGCUCAAAACCCUGCUUCCUUUUUAGGAAAGUAAUCACAGCUCUGGACCACUCUCUACCCUAAAACAACCACCAAUUUAAAAACAAAAAGUUUAAGUGCAAGAAAAUUCCCAGAGUCUUGAAAUAACAGCAGGGGAAGAUCAUUAGGAGCAUAUAUACAGGGUGUCCCAAAAGUUUUAGUGCAAUCUUGAGCUUAAGAAAAAUCUACCAAGCCCCAGGUUACAGGGUACUAAAGUUUUAAGCUAUUCUAUGGGUUUACUAAUAGGCCCAUCUUUAUUUCCUAUAAGCCAGAGCAUCCAACUCCCCUUUGGCUCAGUUGAGAAUGUUACUUCAGAGACACCAAAUACACUCUGAUUUUUGUGAUCUGUCAACGUAGGCAAUUCCACCCAGUGUGUUUAUGUAAUCACUGACCUAACUCCAGCAAGGAAAAACACAGUAAGUAGAAAUAGGUGUAGAAGAUGUUCCCAUUGCUUCCAAAGCCAAAUGAUCUCAUCUAAUUCUAGUUUAUUAGAAUGGGUGAUGAACUCAGAUCUACAACGUCUGGAUUUGAAGCCUCACUAAGAACCCUUACUAGCUGUGUGACUGAGACCUAUCACUUCACCACCCUGACUCAGUUUCCUCAUCUGUAAAAUAAUAAAAAGAAUAUUGCUUAUCUCACUGAAAAAAACAAGUGCCUGAUAAUCUCCAAAGCCUUCUGGAAAUGGGAGAUAUCAUUAGGGGCCUUCAAAAUGGACAGAAAUUAGUUCUUUACACACUCAGGUGUGGUUUUUUGUGUUUUG